AAGUAGCGCCGUUUUAAAUACGGUCUGUCAUAAACAGAAAAGAAAAAACAGUUUCGAAGCGACGCUCCUUUUUCGCAUCCGUGUUCAAUUUGCAUUGCGAGUGUUUUUCCCGGUCAAAUUUUUGUUCAAGUGAAAAAUUACCCAAGCUCAAAGCAAACAAACUCGUCGAAAAUGAGAAAGGAAAAUCUGAAACGCAAGGGAACCGAGAAUGGUGGCGAAAAUGAAGAAAAUGAUGCGUCGACAACAGAUGUGGAAAAACAGGACGACGAGCAAGAGACAACCACAAAUGGUAAAGAAAAUGGUGACUCCAAAAAGGGGUCUGCUUCUGAUGACGACUUCGAAGAUGCCGAAACCGGCGAUAAAGAUGGUGACGAAAAUCAAAAGGACGAUACUAAUGAAAAUGGUGAUGACAAUGGUGAGGACAAGGACGAGGACGCUGAUUCCGAACCAUUGGCUAAAAAAUCUAAAAAGUCCGAUGCUUCUGGCAAACGGGGUAAAAAACCGGCUAAGGCAGCCAAAACCGCUGUGAAGACCAAGGCAGCCAAGAAAGCAAAAGCUGAAGAGAACGACAAGCAAGAAGAUGAAAAAGAUGACGAUGAAGAAGAGGAAUACGAAGUGCAGGACAUCGUCGAUCACCGUAAGGAGCGCGGAGGAAAAAUCCUUUAUCGCAUUCGUUGGAAAAACUACGGCGAAAGUGACGACACUUGGGAACCGGAAGAUACCCUUUCUUGUCCAGAUAUAAUCAAAAAAUAUAAAGCCAAGAUGGGAAAGGAAGAAACAACUCCAGCAAAGAAGGCAAAGCCAGCUCCGAAGAAAGGCUCAGCAAAAAAGGGUGUCAAAAAGCCAACUCCUAAGAAACCUGCUAAAGUGGCUAAGGCUGACGACGAUGAAGAUGACGAAGAAGAUGACGGGAAAGAGUAUGAGGUGGAGAAGAUUAUUGACGUCCACUUUAAGAGAGAUGGAAAACGUGAGUAUCUGGUCAGAUGGAAGGGUUUUUCUUCAAAGGACGAUACCUGGGAACCAGCUGACAAUUUGAAUUGUGCUCAUUUAAUCGAGAAGUUCAACGAAAAAUUGGACAAAUCUAAAAACGCUAGUGUCAAGGAGUUACGUGUCUCACGAAAACCUACUGAGCGGCUAGCUUUGUCUCUGGGCGGCCGCAAAAACUCACGCCGCAAUGCUGCCAGAACCCGGGUUACUUACUACGAUGGAGAGUAAAAAUAGUGCGAUCGAAGAAUUACCUAUGGUAGCAGGAACACCACGUCGAUGGUACAUUUUAUUGAUGUAAUGAUACAUAGCCAAAAAAGUCAAAUCGAAUUUGAUUUUUUGCGUCGCAAGUCAAAAAGAGGAUUUGAUUUCAUCUCCUAGAUGCGUAAUGUUUUAGGAUUGACAGAAACGACCAUUCUCUUCUGUUUAUUUUUCAAGUCUCUGAUUUUAUUUUCGUCAAUAUAAUGUUUGGCUUAGCAAGUAGAGGAAACUAUCAAACAAAAUAUAAAGAAGUAAGAAAACAUUAAACCAAUGUAUUUGGCGUGAACACUACACUUGUAAUAAUUAUAAGUCUUAUAAUUAUAAUAAACUUCACUACA